AUGCAUUCCAACUACGAGCACUCGUACAGGGCAGACUCUCUCUUCCUGGAACCCCCUCACUCGCACGACCCAAGCAACGUCUCGCACGUGGCGGCCCUACCCGCGGACAUGCUCAGCCAACUGCCCGAGCCCGUGCAGAACGCACUCUGGACACUCCAGGAAUCCACGUCAGUCGUGUACGCCUCGUAUCUACGGCUACAAGCGCUGCUGGACGAGCGGUUCGACCGGUUGACGCCUCUGCCUGGGAUGCCUGGAUCAUACUCGGAAACCUCCUUCUUCAACUACAUGAACGCCGUGUCCGCGGAGCGGGCGUACCUCCUCCAGGACGCCCAUCCGGACUGGAAACACAAAGCCCGGCUGGCCGGUCUACUCUCCCCGAGCUCCCCAUACGCCAACAUCCCCGUGACCUACCGCGGCAAAUCAAUGACCGUGGUCGAGUGGAUGCAGCAGCUCAGCGCGGCCGAGGCGCUAUGGAUCCAGUCCGCGCGCGACGCCGUGCUACCGGACUUUGAGGGAACCGUGCUCGAGUACCAGACCUUCCUGGGCGACGAGAGCGAGAGCGAGAGCGCGACACCCAGUGAGGCGUCCUUCUCCUCAGAGGAUGAGCGGUGCUGGGGUGCCAACGCGCCGGUGGGCGUGGGCGUGGUGCCGCGGAAGCUGGCGCCCGAUGUGGUGAAACCCCAGAUUGGGCACACGGCGCACGCGCACGAAUUGGGCCCGGAGCGGAUCGUGCAGGCUUUGCAAGCGCUGUGA